ACUCGGGUAUUCCUUUACAGUUGGGUGGACUGGGAGGGCCCCGGGAUCGAACCAGCGACCCUUAAUACAGGCGCUGUGUACAGUCAUUAAGGAAGUAAUGUGACCGUCGCUGGCAGGUCCUUGUCACCCUCACACACCUUCCCGGAGUGCUGGGCGGCAGUGUUCUGAGGAUGGUUGAGGCGUGAAGAAAGGAACACCAAGGAGUAGUGUACUCCACGCCGUGUAACACAGCAGGCGUGCGAUGCUGAGACAAUGGUCACCAGCACUGUUGGUUCCCAUGCAACAUGACGCGAGUCGACGACGGAGCUGUGACGGGAGACGGAGGAGGACCCAAGCUGACCAAGUGACCGACGUGGAUGUUGGUAGUUGUGGUGGUGGUGGUGGUGGUGGUGCCCAGCGAGCCAUGAGAGUAUCACUAGUGAGAGUGAUGAUGUUAAUACUCUUGUUCACUACAUUGUUGGGUGUUGUGGCCGCUGAGAAACGAAGCCCACGAGUCGUCACAACAAAAUACGGAAAGUUACGAGGUUCAAUACGACCUUUACCUAACAAACAUCUAAGACCUGUGGAAGUCUUCCUCGGGGUACCUUAUGCCGCGCCCCCCAUCGGCUCUAACAGGUUCAGCCCCACGAGGACGCCGAGCCCUUGGGCAGGUGAGCGUGUGGCAGACCAGUACGGCCCCGUCUGCCCUCAACACCUGCCGGAGCUGUGGGAGGAGGAGUCAGAGGCUGGUGUCCCCAAAGCCCGUCUCACACACAUACGACGGCUGGCUAACUAUCUCACCCACCAAGCUGAAGACUGUCUCUACCUCAACGUGUAUGUGCCGUCUCUCGUGGCAGACACGACAGGACACAGAGCUCUACCAGUCAUUGUCUACAUACACGGUGAGAGCUUUGAGUGGGGCGCUGCGAACCCUUACGAUGGGUCAGUUUUGGCUGCGUACGGCGAGGUUAUUGUAAUCACCCUUAACUACCGCCUUGGCCCUUUAGGGUUCCUCAACACGAAUGCAGACCCCAGCGGACGAGGCCAUGUGAUGAACCACGGCCUCAUGGACCAGAUCGCCGCCUUAUACUGGAUACAGGAGAACAUCGGGGCGUUUGGUGGCGACCCGGGCAGUGUGACCUUACUGGGACACGGUACUGGGGCCGCCUGUAUACACUUCCUCAUGGCUUCUGCAGCAGUCAAGGCCGGGCUGUUCCACCGUGCUGUGCUCAUGUCAGGAUCGGCAUUAAGUCCUUGGGCCACUGUAGGAACCCCGACUCAUUAUGCCCUACAGUUCGGACGUGCUCUUAACUGCACUGUAGCGAACCUGCCCGCGGGCAUAAGUCUCCACGACUCUGACUUCACGCCAUCUAUCGAGGAGUUGGAUCAGAUGGUGAAUUGCCUCAAGGAUAAGCCCCUAGAGGAGCUUCAGGCUGUACACAUCGCCGCACCUCAGUUCCUCUAUGCCUUCGGGCCAAGUGUUGACGGCAUCGUAAUCAAGAACGACUACCGCAGGGAGCUGAGAAAGAGAGCAGACGAGACGACCCGAGAGUACGACCUCCUCUUCGGUGUCCUUCCUCGUGAUUCCUUCAACGUCCUCAGUAACGCCGACGUAGAGAACGGCUUCGACCUGGACCACCGCGACCGUAUAUUUCGAACACUCGUCCGUAAUACGUACGACUACCACCUAAAUGAGGUAUACAUCUCCGUAGUGAACGAGUACACGGACUGGGAACAAGCGACUCCUCACCCCACAGCUACGAGAGAUGCCACCCUAGACGCUCUGACAGACGCUCGCUACGUGGCCCCCAUCAUAAACACAGCCAACAACCUGCGCAUGGGCGACAAAAACCAAUUCUUCUACGUGUUCGACCACACUGCCAGGCACUCUGAGGGCCCUUAC